AUGUAUUUUGACAUAGAUAAAAAGUUGGAAAACCUGCAUUUUCGUGUGAAGGUUGUACUAAUUAAAGAAAUUGGACGUUAUUCCGCAAACGUGGCUUAUCUCGAAAACUCAGUGUUAUUGGCCUACUCGUUGCUUGCUACGAAUUUGACUAAAAUACGACGAGAACAAGUUAAGCCUGAUCGAAGUUGGGGAAAAUGUGCGUGCAGAAUAUUGGGACAUUUUGAAACUUUUGAAGCCGCCCAGCAAGCAGCCGUUUUAGCCGAAAACACAUCCGAUUUGGAUAUUAAUUUUUCUACAAAACGGUCCACCCACCGGCGACCAGAGUCAAGUUCAGAUUCGACAGAUGACGAGGGACCACCAAUAAAAGCGAAGAAAAUUACUAAAUCUGUGAUUAAUUCUGUGCCACAAACUUUAUUUAAACUUGGCGACUUAGCAGACGUGACUCGUGCACAAAUUGACCAGGGCCUCGUUUUGUCAGGAAAUAAUGAGGAACGUUCAGCCAUAUCAAAUGUUGAGACAGAUUCGUCAGGAAGCCAAAUUUUGUAUAUGAAUGCCACACCUUCAGGUGAUGGACAGUUAAAUUUAGCUAUUAUUCCUAACGAUACAAAUGUAAACCAAGAUGACCAAUCCGUAAAUUUCGGCUCCCAUCCUAUUUAUUCAUCACCGGUACCAUCACCAUCGGCAAAUUUGGGGUUGCAGACACAAGGUUUUAACAAAGUUGUGCUCAAACAUUUGGCAGCAAUAAAAACUGGACAAAAAUCAAUACUGGAAAAGUUGGACUUAAUUCUCAACAAUCAGAAUAGAAUCGGAGUAGGACUUGACUUGAACACGGAAACGGAAGAGCCUGACUUCUCGUCAUUGCCAAUCUUUCCCCUUGAAAGUGUGGACGCCCUUGAACAACUCGAGUCGCAAUUGGCUAUAGACGAUGAACGGAAAUUAUUUGUACUUUAUCUAAUUGACAUUGGAGGUAAAAGUCUCGGCGAAACAGUCAAGCGAAUUUUACAGAGAAUUGUUAGCGAAGAUCUCGCCAUAGAUUUGAGCUACACUGGUCUAGGAAAGAACAAAAAACCAUUUAAUAUCUACAAACAUAUUGUUAAUUGCAUCACAGCUGCAACAAAGAAAAAUAAGAGACUCCCUGCAGAAGUGGAAAAAACUGAGUUUGCCAUUCGUGAAAUAGUGAUGGACUUCUUCCGGUACUCGAGGCCAAGGAAAGCAGCGGCUUCUAUUUCUCAAGAUUCCACCGAUUAGAUUAUCUUUGUUUAAAAUAAUAUAGGAAAUGUCGUCAAGUAGAAAUAAGCGAAGUUGAAGUUGAUGCACUAGAUGAAAUCUCGGUAGGUACGGUUGAGCUUUCGGACAAUUCGGUAUUAGACAAUUUGUUACCAGAUAAUACAACCGUUUAUAAUGAUGGGGCUCAAUAUAGUUAUGGAUUAGAGAAGGAAGCCAUUAAUAGUUCUAGUGAGUACGACAGUGAUGAAGUUAACGAUGCGGACCAAGAUUUUAAAUCAGGUUUAGUGAAAUGGGUGGCAAAACACAAAAUAAAUGGUGUGGCAGUAGACGAUUUACUAAAACUAUUAAGUGCUAAUAUUCCUGGUGGGAAUCUUCCAGAGUCUUACAAAACAUUAAUGAAAACCCCUACAAAAUAUAAAAUAGAUUUAAUUGAUGGUGGGCAGUAUUAUCAUUUUGGAUUAGAGCGACAAUUGCAGAGAUUAAGUAAAAUUGCUGGGUUUACCGAUAAUUUUGAAACAAUUGAAUUAAAAAUAGGAAUUGACGGUCUCCCAAUCAGUCGCUCCAGCAAAAAACAGUUUUGGCCUAUUUUGGCAAGUGGCGAUAUUUUAAAUAAUGGCAAACCUUUUCUCGUUGGCUUGUAUUUUAGUUUAUUUUGUAAACCAGAAAAAUCUGAUCAACUUCUUGGUCCGCUAGUUGAAGAGCUCACACUGCUGCUCGCCAAUGGGGUUGAAAUUAAUGGCUUGGUGCGAAAAAUUUCCAUUAAAUGCAUAGUUGCGGAUGCGCCCGCUAGAAAUUUUGUUAAAAACUGUGUUGCAUUUAAUGGUUAUUAUGGUUGUGAUAGAUGCACUCAGAAAGGUCAAUGGCUGGGGAGAGUAGUGUUUAGCGAAUUGGACGCCCCUCUAAGAAAUGACCAAGAUUUUAGAAGAAAUAUGUACCACAAUCAUCAGGUUAAGGAAUCCAUUUUAUCCAAAUUAGAAAUAGGAAUGGUUAGUAGCUUUGUCCUUGACUACAUGCACUUAGUGUGCCUGGGUGUAACUAGAAAAUUAAUAUCUUGCUGGAGAAGUGGACCAAUUCCUUUGCGAAUUGGAAGGCAAAAUAUUGCACAGAUUUCUGAACGUUUAAUUGCCUGUAAAAAUUUUAUACCGUCAGAGUUUAAUCGCAAGCCACGGUCGCUGGUGGAAGUCGAUUAUUGGAAGGCAACUGAAUAUAGGACAUUUCUCUUAUACCUAGGUCCACUGGUUCUAAAAGGAAUUUUGUCUCAGGAAAAAUACGAACAUUUUUUACAGUUAUCUGUUGCGGUUAGGAUAUUAUUAUCUGAUAAUAGAGAUUGGUAUAAUUACGCAGGAGAAAUGUUAAAUUCCUUCGUUGAAAAAGCUAGCGAGUUAUACAGGCCCGAAUUUGUAGUAUAUAACGUACAUUCGUUAAUUCAUUUAGCAGAUGACGCUAAAAAAUUUGGGUCCCUAGAAAAAAUUAAUGCUUUUGAGUUUGAGAACUACAUGCAACUUCUCAAAAAAAUGGUCAGAGGAAAAAAACACGAGCUCGCACAAGUAAUUCGUAGAAUAUAUGAGGUAGAGCAGUCUAAUUUGUUAACCAAAUCUAAAUGUAGAGAAUUGCAUAUUUCGACAAAACCAAAGGACAGGGGAUUUGCUUUAUUAUCUGGGGAAAUUGUUAUUGUAACAGAAUCUAAUAAAGAUUCUGACGAAGUGGAAAUUACAGUUUUCUGUAAUAAAUCUGAUUAUUUCACAAAUCCCUGUGAAAGCUCAAAGCUAUGUAUAUAUGUGGUUCGAAAUUUGUCUCCUAGGUCUAGACGAAUUAAGAAAUCUGACCUUUAUCAUAAAGUCGUGCUAUUACCAUUGUCCGAUUCCUCGAAUGAAUAUUUAUGCCUACCAUUUUGCAGUCUUAAAAGUGUAUAAUUUAAAUCAAUUAAUUGUAAUUGUGCACAUAAAUAAUAUACAUAGUAUGUACAUAAUAAUUCACACUAAUAUUGUAUGAAAAGUUUUCAUAGACGUAUUGAUAUUUGUAAUAAUAAACGAUCAUUAAUUGUUGAAAUAAUAAAUUUGGGUGUGAAUUAAAUGUGAAUGUGCAUCAUUUAUUUAACAUCAAUGGCAUGUGCAAAGCAUGUAAAAUUCGACAAUAUUAAUAUCAUCCUAACGUUGCAAUCACAUUCAAACCACAUUGCCUCAACAUGAGCACUUUUACAAUUUCAAUGUUU